CAAAGGGCCUGGGCAAAUUCGCCGCCCGGCCUCCUAGCGCUCCGGGGAGGCCGCUGCGCCCGGAGUGGAUCGCGCUGGAGGCGUGCGCCGGGCGAGAAGCCGCGGCCGCCGGAGCGCAGUAUGGGGAAGAACCGCGAGAUGCGCCUGACUCACAUCUGCUGCUGCUGCCUCCUUUACCAGCUGGGGUUUCUGUCGAAUGGGAUCGUUUCAGAGCUGCAGUUCGCCCCCGACCGCGAGGAGUGGGAAGUCGUGUUUCCUGCGCUCUGGCGCCGGGAGCCGGUGGACACGGCUGGCGGCAGCGGGGGUAGCGCGGACCCAGGCUGGUUGCGCGGCGUUGGGGCCGGCGGAAGCGCCCGGGCGCAGGCUCCCGGCAGCUCACGCGAGGUGCGCUCUGUGGCUCCGGUGCCUUUGGAGGAUCCCGUGGAGGGCCGAUCAGAGUCCCGGCUCCGGCCCCCGCCGCCGUCGGAGGGUGAGGAGGACGAGGAACUCGAGUCGCAGGAGCUGCCGCGGGGAUCCAGCGGGGCUGCUGCCUUGUCCCCGGGCGCCCCGGCCUCGUGGCAGCCGCCGCCUCCCCCGCAGCCGCCCCCGUCCCCGCCCCCGGCCCAGCCUGCCGAGCCGGAUGGCGAUGAAGUGUUGCUGCGGAUCCCGGCCUUCUCUCAGGACCUGUACCUGCUGCUCCGGAGAGACGGCCGCUUCCUGGCGCCGCGCUUCGCAGUGGAACAGCGGCCAAAUCCCGGCCCCGGCCCCACGGGGGCAGCAUCCGCCCCGCACCCUCCCGCGCCGCCCGACGCAGGCUGCUUCUACACCGGAGCUGUGCUGCGGCACCCUGGCUCGCUGGCCUCUUUCAGCACCUGUGGAGGUGGCCUGAUGGGAUUUAUACAGCUCAAUGAGGACUUCAUAUUUAUUGAGCCACUCAAUGAUACAAUGGCCAUAACAGGUCACCCACACCGUGUAUAUAGGCAGAAAAGGUCCAUGGAGGAAAAAGUCACAGAGAAGUCAGCUCUUCACAGUCAUUACUGUGGUAUCAUUUCAGAUAAAGGAAGACCUAGGUCUAGAAAAAUAGCAGAAAGUGGAAGAGGGAAACGAUACUCAUACAAAUUACCUCAAGAAUACAACAUAGAGACUGUAGUGGUUGCAGACCCAGCAAUGGUUUCCUAUCAUGGAGCAGAUGCAGCCAGGAGAUUCAUUCUAACCAUCUUAAAUAUGGUUUUUAACCUUUUCCAACACAAGAGUCUGGGUGUGCAGGUCAAUCUUCGUGUGAUAAAGCUUAUUCUGCUCCAUGAAACUCCACCAGAUCUAUACAUUGGGCAUCAUGGAGAAAAAAUGCUAGAGAGUUUUUGUAAGUGGCAACAUGAAGAAUUUGGCAAAAAGAAUGAUAUACAUUUGGAGAUGUCAACAAGCUGGGGGGAAGACAUGACUUCAGUGGAUGCAGCUAUACUUAUAACAAGGAAAGAUUUCUGUGUGCACAAAGAUGAACCAUGUGAUACUGUUGGUAUAGCUUACUUGAGUGGAAUGUGUAGUGAAAAGAGAAAAUGUAUUAUUGCUGAAGACAAUGGCUUGAAUCUUGCUUUUACAAUUGCUCAUGAAAUGGGUCACAACAUGGGCAUUAACCAUGACAACGACCACCCAUCGUGUGCUGAUGGUCUUCAUAUCAUGUCUGGUGAAUGGAUUAAAGGACAGAAUCUUGGUGAUGUUUCAUGGUCUCGAUGUAGCAAGGAAGAUUUGGAAAGAUUUCUCAGGUCAAAGGCCAGUAACUGCUUGCUACAAACAAACCCGCAGAGUGUCAAUUCUGUGAUGGUUCCCUCCAAGCUGCCAGGGAUGACAUACACUGCUGAUGAACAAUGCCAGAUCCUUUUUGGGCCUUUGGCUUCUUUUUGUCAGGAGAUGCAGCAUGUUAUUUGCACAGGAUUAUGGUGCAAGGUAGAAGGUGAGAAAGAAUGCAAAACCAAACUAGACCCACCAAUGGAUGGAACUGACUGUGACCCUGGUAAGUGGUGUAAGGCUGGAGAAUGUACCAGCAGGACCUCAGCACCUGAACAUCUGGCCGGAGAGUGGAGCCUGUGGAGUCCUUGUAGCCGAACCUGCAGUGCUGGGAUCAGCAGUCGAGAGCGCAAAUGUCCUGGGCUAGGUUCUGAAGCAAGGGAUUGUAAUGGUCCCAGAAAACAAUACAGAAUAUGUGAGAAUCCACCUUGUCCUGCAGGUUUGCCUGGAUUCAGAGACUGGCAAUGUCAGGCGUAUAGUGUUAGAACUUCCUCCCCAAAGCAUGUACUUCAGUGGCAAGCUGUCCUGGAUGAAGAAAAGCCAUGUGCCUUGUUUUGCUCUCCCGUUGGAAAAGAACAGCCUAUUCUUCUAUCAGAAAAAGUGAUGGAUGGAACUUCUUGUGGGUAUCAGGGAUUAGAUAUCUGUGCAAAUGGCAGGUGCCAGAAAGUUGGCUGUGAUGGUUUAUUAGGGUCUCUUGCAAGGGAAGAUCAUUGUGGUAUAUGCAAUGGCAAUGGAAAAUCAUGCAAGAUCAUUAAAGGGGAUUUUAAUCACACCAGAGGAGCAGGUUAUGUAGAAGUGCUGGUGAUACCUGCUGGAGCAAGAAGGAUCAAAGUUGUGGAGGAAAAGCCGGCACAUAGCUAUUUAGCUCUCCGAGAUGCUGGCAAACAGUCUAUCAAUAGUGACUGGAAGAUUGAACACUCUGGAGCCUUCAAUUUAGCUGGAACUACUGUUCAUUAUGUAAGACGAGGCCUCUGGGAGAAGAUCUCUGCCAAAGGUCCUACUACAGCACCUUUACAUCUCCUGGUGCUCCUGUUUCAGGAUCAGAAUUAUGGUCUUCACUAUGAAUACACUAUCCCAUCAGACCCUCUUCCAGAAAACCAGAGCUCUAAAGCACCCGAGCCCCUCUUCAUGUGGACACACACAAGCUGGGAAGAUUGCGAUGCCACUUGUGGAGGAGGAGAAAGGAAGACAACGGUGUCCUGCACAAAAAUCAUGAGCAAAAAUAUCAGCAUUGUGGACAACAAGAAAUGCAAAUACUUAACCAAGCCAGAGCCACAGAUUCGAAAGUGCAAUGAGCAACCAUGUCAAACAAGGUGGAUGAUGACAGAAUGGACCCCCUGUUCACGCACUUGUGGAAAAGGGAUGCAAAGCAGACAAGUGGCCUGUACCCAACAACUGAGCAAUGGAACUCUGAUUAGAGCCCGAGAGAGGGACUGCAUUGGGCCCAAGCCCGCCUCUGCCCAGCGCUGUGAGGGCCAGGACUGCAUGACCGUGUGGGAGGCGGGAGUGUGGUCUGAGUGUUCAGUCAAGUGUGGCAAAGGCGUACGUCAUCGGACCGUUAGAUGUACCAACCCAAGAAAGAAGUGUGUCCUCUCUACCAGACCCAGGGAGGCUGAAGACUGUGAGGAUUAUUCAAAAUGCUAUGUGUGGCGAAUGGGUGACUGGUCUAAGUGCUCAAUUACCUGUGGCAAAGGAAUGCAGUCCCGUGUUAUCCAAUGCAUGCAUAAGAUCACAGGAAGACAUGGAAAUGAAUGUUUUUCCUCAGAAAAACCUGCAGCAUACAGGCCAUGCCACCUUCAACCCUGCAAUGAGAAAAUUAAUGUAAAUACCAUAACAUCACCCAGACUGGCUGCUCUGACUUUCAAGUGCCUGGGAGAUCAGUGGCCAGUGUACUGCCGAGUGAUCCGUGAAAAGAACCUAUGUCAGGACAUGCGGUGGUAUCAGCGCUGCUGUGAAACAUGCAGGGACUUCUAUGCCCGAAAGCUGCAGCAGAAGAGUUGACCUCUAGCAGGCUGGCUGGAUCACAGCUCGUUGCAAUUACAUUAUUUAUAAACACACACACUAGCAUGUUUUUCAGACCAAAUAUUAUCAGAUUACAUAUAAUUUAAUCAAAUUAAUUUAUUUUUUUUGCCUGCCAAACAUCUAAUGUGGUGCUUGUUUUGGUUACACAAACAUUUUGAUUUCUACUAUAUGGCUUCAUAAAUAAUUUUAUAUGAAUGAAUUAGUUGGAUCCAGUAAUAUAAUGAAAAGAAAAAGGAAAAAAAUAGAUCAUUAUACUUAAAACAAUGUUUUGUUGUUUUGUUAGGGCUAUCCCUAAGGUGCUACUCUCUCCCCACCAAUAACAUUGAAUUAUCCAGAAUGUAUACUGACUUAGCAUAAUAGUUCAGGUAUAUAUGAAGAGAAACUAUUUUUGUUUUUUGGUGUCCUGCUGCAGAAUUAGCCCAUUUUCUGUUAUCUGCAGGAGAUGUGUAAACAUAAUGAACCUCAUGGUGUUGAACAGGUUUUUAGAGAAUGUAUUAUGAAUUUGGUUGAGAUUUAUAGACAUCCAUAGGAAAAAUUCUGCUGUAAUUAUAACCUUAUUUUGAUAUGGAAAGGAAAAGUCAAAAUAGAGACUUUGAUCAUGUUCAUGAACAUGUACUUGAACACAAGUAUUGUAACAAUGAAACACUGUAAUGAUUUACACUGAAUCACAAUUGCACUGUUGAUAUAGUGGAGAGAAAUCGUUAGAAAUGGUAACAUCUUACAAAAAUGUGUAUUAUUUUAACAUGUUAUCACUAGAUUUUAGCUUUUUUAAAAAUAUUUUUAACAAAGAAAACAUUGAUCCACCCAUUUCCCUGUAUCUUUUUAGCAGAUUUAUUAGAGUAUAGUACUUAGCCUCACGAAUCAUAAUUAGAAAAUUUACUAAUAUUUCUCAGCCUUCUCCCUAGGAACAAGGAAAAACAGAAAGCAUAUAAUACUGUGGUAGUUUCAUUGUGUUUUUCUUCCUUUUAAAAAUUAAAAAGUUUUACAGUUAUGUGAAACGUUCAAAAGCCAGCUUAAAAUUUUUCUUGUGAGAAAAUAUUGUACAUGAUUCACAUGAUUUCUUAGAUUUUUCAAUAAAAUAUGUAAAACUUGC